UAUAACGUCAUUUAAUGGCGUUGUAUUUAAGUUGUUUAGGAGAUUUUAUUGCGUCACAUUGACUUUAUCUGAGCUAAAUUUUUAAGACUUGUUUAUUGUUUACAUUACUGGAUCAAAUAUUACAUAAAGAAAGGAAAUAUAAAUUGGAGAGAAACGAUGAAAACGUUUCCGAACGUGUAUUUUAGAGUUCAUGGCGUCUUAAACUGAUAACCCGGAAGUGUAAAAUGCGGACGCAGCUGAACGCAGCUCGUGUUGACGCGCAGCUGCCGGUGCUCGGUGUUUGCUAGGCUAGGCUAGGCUAGGCUAGGCUAGGCUAGGCUAGGACAGGACAGGCUAGGACAUGCUAGGCUGUUAGUAUUGAGCUGAUGAGCGGUGUUUUGAGUGUUAGAUGAAGAAAAAGAGGCAGAGCUCUGAGAGAGAAGCAGCUCCUGGAGGAAAUGUUUGGUUCCGAAUAAAUCCGUGGAAUCUUAGUGAAAGUUAUUUUGUGUUUUGUAGGAGAGAUGGAGAACUACAGGAAAGCCGGGGUGGUGGAGCAGCCGAGUCUCUGCCCGUUCUCUGAACUCCUCCAUGACGGGACGCCGGUGGUCCGUGUUCGAGACGGAAGCAAAAUCCGUAACCUGAUGCGUUUCGCUCAGAGCCGCAUGGAGAGCCGAGCGGAGAAAGUGUCGGAGAGCGGAGGAGGUGUAGAGGAAACGGAGGCGGAUCCGAGCGCGGAAUCGCAAGCGUGCCGCCAGAUCGUGUUCACAGGCGUCGGCCCGAGCGUCUCCAAGGCCAUCACGUGCGUGGAGAUCAUGAAGCGGCGUGCGGGAGGGCUGCACCAGGUCACGCGGCUGGUCUUCAGCUCGCUGCAGGAGAUGUGGGAGCCGCUGGAGCCGAGUGCCGGACUCGACCCCAUCACCGUGACACGGAACACCCCGGCCAUCUGGGUUCUGCUCUCCAAAGACCCGCUGGACUCCAACACGGCCGGCUAUCAGGCGCCCGGGAGAUUUGACGCGCUGUGGACGCAGGCCGCCGCUAAAGAAGAGCACGAGAACCGCAGGAGGAAAAACGGAGGAAGAGGAGGAGGAAGAGGAAAAGGAGCACGCAGACAGACGCCACGCCCCCGAGACGAGGGGAAAAAAUCAGCACACGCACCAGGAACGCGAUGACGCUACCACCACCAGGCUUCACCAAAACCACGACCAGCCAAUCAGAAACAAGUUUACACAUCACCACGGUAACGAAUAACUUAAUUUCCAGCCGUCAGAGCGCUCGAGCUGGAGAACUUACAUCUGAUACGCAGAGCUACGCUGAGUAUCAUCAUCUCUAAACUCAAACUCAAUCAGCUGUGAUUUCAUUAUCAGGAUUAACUCCAUUUAAGCUCCGCCCCUUCGUAGAGCAACUCCAUGAACUGUGCAUAAGAAUAUUUUUAUUUGAGUUUUUCUUUAUUGAGUUCAUUAAAAAGAAAAGAAAAAAAAAUCUGCUUUAAAAAAAGAAAAAGAUGAAAUAAUUGUAAUAUUUUUCUCUCCCUGCAUGCGGUGGUGAUGAUUUCAGAAUAAAGAAAUGUGAAUGUUUAAAUGUGUUGAUUUGUGUGGAAAAUAUUCUUAUUUUUAUAAGAAAUAAAACAUCACUGCAGAAUA